AUGAGUUUCGAGGUCUGUCUGUUCUUGGAAAAGGAUGCCCAGAGCAAGGCCUCCGAAGGGGCUGGCUGGCCACCAGGCGGCUUCCCCGUGGUUUCCGGAGCCAAGUCACAGGAGAUCAUGCUCCUGGAGGCGUGGGGAGAGUCCCCACCUUCUGGGGACUCUAAUGUUGUAGCCACGAAUGAGAGAAUAGACUUCCCCAAAAAGAAGCUUGCACGCCAGCAAUCCGAUCGGCCUUGGGGAAACCGGGGUGGAUUAACUAACACCGGAGCAGCGGCAGCCGCAGGAACAACGACAACCACCAGAACAGCGACAGCUGCCGGAAGAGCGACAGCCGCCGGCACAGCGACAGCCGCCGCAACAGCGACAGCCGCCGGCGCAGCGACAGCCGCCACUCAGCCCCUCGUAGCACCGGCGGCCGGUACCGAAGGGGGGACUCAGGUGAGCGAGCCUGGCUCACACCCAGCCCCAGCAACCACGGCGCAAGCGACGACGGCCGCUGCCACCCGCGGGAGAUCCCUAACGGCGCCCAGCGGCUCCGGGACGACGACAGCCACAGCCCCAGCGGCCGCUGACAAGGAUGGGAAGGCCUCCAGCAACCCCAGUGUAGCUAGUGAUGGCUCAGAGGAUGGCCAAGGUUUAGACACGACGACAGUCUCCUCAACCACUCACACCGUGAAGCCCGAAGGCACCGGCAGCCCGGCAGCCGGAGCCGGAGCCGGGGACGCCCACGGUGGUCCCGCCAGCAGCACGACCCCUGGGGGCGGGAAACCGGCUGCUGCCGCACCUGCAGACGCGCCCAGCACCUCCAGCCCCGCUUCUUCUCUUCCUGCCAGCGCCGCCCCAACAAGCCCUCACCAAGCAAGUACAAGCCCUGCUCCUUCGAAGCCUCCGGUGAGCCCUUCCGACAAAAUCCCCACGGCGGCUCCCAGUAGUUCAGGCACGAAGGUGGGCCCCAGCUCCACGUCCCGCGGGACACUUCCCACAGCAACAUCACUGGUUCCCUUACAAGGAGAUCUGCAGAAAUCCAGCGUGAUGCCAACUGUCAUUGGGACCUCUUCGUCCAUCACUGGGAUCUCUUCCUCCACCACUGGGAUCCCUUCUUUGGAGACUUCGCAUCCUGCAGGCCCUUCAUCAGGACCUGUGGCCACGUCUCCUGUCGAGGGAUCCAGAAGCCCCAGCACCCAGUUGACUUCAGUUGCCCCCCGAGUCCCCAGCGUCCCUCCUUCCUCGGCUCAUGUGGAUGACAGGAUAAAGUGCGAAUCUCCCGGAGGGCUAACUGACAAGAUGCUCAUCCUGAACUUGACGAAAACGAGCCUCUGUGCGGGGAACAGCAGUUUGGAUGACAAACUGGUUACACUUCUGUGCCGAGCAGCAAAAGCCACCUUCAACCCAGCUCAAGACACGUGCCAUAUACUGCUGGUACCUGUUCAAGACUCCCAGGCAGUGGCCAUCAAAGAAAUCACGGUGCAGACAAACCUCCUGCCCGGGGACGUGUAUGAGUCGCUGAAAGACAAAUGGGAUGAGCUGAAAGAGGUGGGAGUCAGUAACAUGAAGCUUGGGGACCAAGGGCCCCCCGAAGAGACCGAGGACCGGUUCAGCAUGCCUCUCAUCAUCACCAUUGUCUGCAUGGCGUCCUUCCUGCUCCUGGUCGCCGCCCUCUACGGCUGCUGCCACCAGCGCCUCUCCCAGAGGAAGGACCAGCAACGGCUAACAGAGGAGCUGCAGACAGUGGAGAACGGUUACCAUGACAAUCCCACGCUGGAAGUGAUGGAGACCUCAUCCGAGAUGCAGGAGAAAAAGGUGGUCAACCUUAAUGGUGAGCUGGGGGACAGCUGGAUCGUCCCUCUGGACAACCUGGCCAAGGAUGACUUUGACGAGGAGGAAGACACGCACCUCUAGUCAGGUCCGCGGGCAGCCUCCAACAGGACCACAGCGCUCCAGACUGAACCACCUCAAGUGCCAUUUGGACAGGGGAGGAACAUCCUUCCCAGCGGAGGGAAAGGUUGGGGAGGGAAGCAGACUCGGAGGGUCCCUCCUCCCAAUCCCCACCUCCUCCCCAUCCCCACGGGGCCUUAAUUUUCCCUUUUCAAACUGAACCAAUCACAUUCUGUCUAGAUUCCUCUUGUAAAAUAACUCACUAGUGCCUGAGCUCAGUGCUGCUGGAAGACGAGAGGGAGCGCACCCAUGUGGUCAUCUGGUAGAAUCCCUUCAGCUCACAUCUAAGGGGACAGACGCCACGCCCCACUGCUGCCAUCGCUCGCGCCUCCCUUCAGAGCUGCUCCCAGUGGGGUGAAGCUCGCAGUCGAUGUGACAAUGGAUGGGACGGAAGGGACAGCAGGGCCAGAUCCUGUCUCCGGGGCAUCUGAUUCCUUCCAAGUACAGGUCCCCAGCCUCGCCUGCCAGUGCGUCCGUCCCCUUUGUGCUUGCCCCGACCCCCACACAGUUUGUAGCCCCGCUCUGUCCUAGGGCCUCUAGGACUCACACCGUCCCUUCGUGGCUUCGAAGCCCUUGCUCCGGACUCUGGCUUCCUUGCAUCUGCUUAGGGACCUUGAGACUUAACCCACACAAGACUCCAGUGUGAACGAGGUCUGCUUCAGGGAUCCUUCUGCAGGUGAAGAGAAAAGGGGAGGCCCUUCACCCCCAGGUUGGGUCCUGGCCCAUCACCAGGGCAGGAACUCCUUUGGCCUCCCACUCCCACCGGGGACUGGAAUCUGCAGCAGCUAUGAAGAAGUGUUUCUGUCGUUCACUGCUCGGUCAGUGGGGUGAGGUCCAAGUUCAGAGAUCCCCCUGAGAUCCAGCAAGAGAGAACCACAGCUGUAGGGCAGACGUUCCCAGGGCCCAGUCCAGAGUGGUGUUUCACCGGACAAUCGAUCGACGCGGUUAGGAAGGAUAGGCUUUACUCUCUGUUCCAGAGGAAACUCAGGGACUUUUCAAGUUGGUGAGAGUUUUGUUGUAUUUGUUUGUUUUUCGUCCAGCCCUCUACUGCCACAAGCCAAAGCUCCAACUGCUGGGAGACCUUUCAGUUAACUAAUCUUAUUGACUCCUGGUUCUCCUGUGCUGUAGGGGCUAGAAAGGCCUAGAAAGUGUGAUGCAUUUUAAGGUGCUCAGGAGCAGCCUGGGGGUGCCUGUGGGGUUCCCAGUGACCUCUCACUGUUGGGGCAUGCAGCUGGGCCUUGCCGUGUCCCCUCCUCUGUUCCUAGCAGGCUGCCUGCUUUUGCAGUUUCUGGUGGCAUCUCAGGGAAACAGUACCGGGAAGGGGUUUUGAGGGAGCUUAGCCAAGCGAAGGCACCUGAAGACUGGACAGAGUGGGGUUCAAUCCAAUUUUCUGGGAAGCCCAAAUCCCAGAUUUUGUGGAAUAUUGCCCACGGUCUCUCUUGCUCCUGGGUGUAAAUCUCCUGGCAUGAACGAGGAGGAUGGGCAGAACUGCUGUCCCUCCCUGGCUGCCUUGAUUCCUUAUUCAUGGCCGUUGCCCUUUGAUAUCCUAGGGUUCUGGAGUGCAGAGCCUCCAGUGAGUUUCCCAAGAGCUAGAGAGAUGGUGGACUAACAAGGAUCCACAAGUCCUUGCCCUGAUUCUCUAGCGUCUGGAGGUUGGCAGGGGAGAGAACAAUGCUAGCUUGGGAGGGGAAAAAAGGAAAUCUUGUUAUACUGGGAAGAGCUCUGUUUGCUUCCUUCCUGCCCAGCAUUUGAUUCUUUCCACCCUGUGGGUUUCUGUGGAAGAGGCCCGACUGGAUUACUACUACUUUGCUGAUUCUGGAUCACAUUUUAUCAGCCAAGCCUUCGGACAGAGGCAGCAAGUACGCCCCCACAAACUGAUCGAAGGCUCAAGCCCCACAGCCUCUUGGGCAGAGAGAUGACAACCGGCAAGGACUAGCGUAAAAUCACACUUGGUCAAGAGGAAUGACUGGUGGCUCCGUCCAAGGAGAACCUUGGGAAGCUUUGGGUUGGUUCAGAUGCUCCUCCUGGUGCAUCCAGGCUGGACGGCUCCAGCCUUUGAGGGCAACUUCAGAAUCCAGUACCUUGCCUUGGCUUGCUCUUGCCACUAGACAUCUGUGUCAAGGUCAUACAGCCAAGCAUCUGCAGAGGUCACCUUCAUCCCACGACUGCACUGGUUCAGUGCUGUCUGGUAAGUCAGAGUUUGGGGCUGAGAAGAAAGAAGAGGAACACCAGGAACUCAGCAUGACUUCCAACAAGUUGUGCCAAAGAGAGAUUAUCAACUUGGACCAGGGGCAGACUGGCUUCCCUAAGCUGCAUAAAAGGCCAGAAAUCAGGAGUCUGAUGACUGGAUGGAAACCCAGUGGGAAAGCACGCUGAUCUGUGAAUGGGGAGGGCAGCAGCAGUGCUUAUGAAGGAGGUACAGAAUAGGCUUUGCAUCGUAGGACAGAAUACGGGUUUAAUCUAGUCUAGACACCAGAUUCUCUUUUUCCCUUGUUAUAAGGAAAGCUAGCAGGAAGUUUAUUUAAACCACUUCUUGAGCUUUAACCUUUUUUUGACAAUAUACUGAAGAAACUUUGGAAAACAAGUCCAAGCUGACACAUACAUACAUAGUUCUUAAUAAUGUAAAUACCACAGCCACAUGGUAAUCUACCCAGCACUGCUUUAAGUGAAUAUACACUGUAAAAACAUUUGCUAGUUGAGAUGGCUUUUUUUUUUCCUCUGAACAGGAAUGUAAAUGUAAAUGUCUAUUUCACUAGAAAUGACAAGUUUUUGUUUGUUUGUUUUUCUCCAAUGAAAAGUGAAAUAUAAGACAAGCUGAUGACAGAGUAUUUGUCUUAGAGAUCAGGCAUUUUUAUUUUUAAAUGCGAUCCUCAAUCCCCCUCCCCAGCUAAGUCCUAGCCUAUUACAGGAAGGCUUGGAGACACUCUAGUCCUAGGGAGAGGCUUGUAGAGACCUAGUCCAAUCUUUGUUUUGUUCUUAUAGAAAAAGAAACUGAAGCCCAGAAAGACAGAAGUGGCUUGGCCAAAAUUACAUGGUUAGUGAGAGAGAGAGAGGAUUGACACACCAGUGCUGUGGGCCUCAGAAGGAAUCUGUAAAUUAAGAACAGGCACCAGGACGACACAAGGACCAGGACCUUCUCAAAUCAUGUCCUGCUGCAAGGCUAGGGAGAGCCCGAGGACCACAAUAGGAACCAUACUGAUCUACGCUUGCUCGGAGUUAUUUAGGUCUAAGACUUCCAUGAGUGAUACUUGACUGUCAAGAAACAGUUUUGAAUGAGCUUUUACAUACAGAUCUUCUCCUAGCAGGGCUGUGGAUCAAAGGAAACCAGCUCCAGGAAGGCAGAGGAGCCAAGAGUAAAGCAAUGACUUCUCUUUUAUCAUUGUCACAAGCUGAUCGGCUCAGGUUUGGUGAAAACCCAGCACUGAGUGGAAGGGAGGGGAGGACGAUUCGAUGUGUGUCUUUUUUGUUAGUAGUGAAUGUUAGUUUGCCCAGGCGACUGCAGGAGCGUUUGUCUUCGUGGACAGGGGUCUGAAGUACACUGGAAUUCACUGGGAAACUUGUUUGUAAAGACUAUACUUAAUUAUUGCCAUUUUCUUACAAAACUAUAUUUUGGAGAACUGUAUACUGUCAAUUAAAGUGCUUUUGUGUAAGCUGGCUCAAGCCCUGUUGAACUUGACUGACUGGCUCACGUUCUUCACGUGUGUGCGAGCUCAUGGCCGACGCUCUAGCGAGGGCAGCGUCCUCUGCUCUUAGGCAGUGCUGCCCAACUAGGGGGUGCAGAGAGUGAAAGAGAAGGGGAGAAGCUGAAAGGAAGGAAGAGGGGGAUCCUGGUGAUCUUGGGCUGUUGUAGUGAUCCCAGCUGAAUCUUUUCUCCCGUGUUUAUCAGUGUUCUUCCUUCUUCAUUUCUUCCACUUCUGCCUCAGAUACAAUUAUGAGUCACCUCCCACUAAAGAUCCUAGAGCCCCAGUCAGGUGUGAAAACACUGGUAUAGGAGCAAAACAAAUAAAGAUAUAAGAAAACCAA